AUGUCGAAUUCUAAAGUGGUAUAUGAAGGAUGGAUGGUGAGGUACGGUCGGAGAAAGAUUGGAAGAUCAUACAUUCACAUGCGGUACUUCGUGCUUGAGACUCGGUUGUUGGCCUAUUACAAAAAGAAGCCCCAACACAACGUGGUACCAAUAAAAACUCUUCUCAUAGAUGGCAAUUGUAGGGUGGAGGAUCGUGGAUUGAAGACUCAACAUGGACAUAUGGUUUAUGUUCUGUCUGUUUACAACAAGAAAGAGAAAUAUAAUAGAAUUACGAUGGCAGCUUUCAACAUCCAGGAGGCACUUAUUUGGAAAGAAAAAAUUGAAUCUGUUAUUGAUCAGUAUCAAGAUUCACAAGCUGCCAACGGUAACAAAUAUCUUUCUUUUGAAUAUAAAUCUGGAAUGGAUAAUGGAAGGAUUGCUUCAUCAUCUGACCAUGAAAGUCAGUUUAGUGCGGCUGAAGAUGAAAAUGACUCAUGUCGGAGUUUGUCACGCAGAACAACAAUUGGAAAUGGUCCCCCUGAUUUUGUAUUUGAUUGGACAAGGGAAAUAGACUCAGACUUGGCAAACCAGAAUUCUAACAAUCAAGCAUUUUCGAGAAAGUAUUGGCGCCUUCUUCAAUGUCAAAAUGGGCUUCGGAUUUUUGAGGAGCUUGUCGAAGUGGAUUUCCUUCCAAAGAGCUGUAGUAGAGCAAUGAAGGCUGUUGGGGUUGUGGAGGCUACAUGUGAAGAAAUUUUUGAGCUAGUAAUGAGCAUGGAUGCCACACGGUUUGAAUGGGAUUGCAGUUUCCAGUACGGUAGCUUAGUUGAGGAGGUAGACGGACAUACAGCAAUACUAUAUCAGAGUCUUCAACUGGACUGGUUCCCUAUGUUUGUGUGGCCCCGUGACCUCUGCUAUGUGAGGUAUUGGCGUCGAAAUGAUGAUGGGAGUUAUGUUGUGUUAUUUCGUUCGAGGGAGCAUGAGAAUUGUGGUCCAGAGCCAGGAUUUGUUCGAGCUCAUAUUGAGAGUGGAGGGUUCAAUAUUUCACCAAUGAAACCUCGUAAUGGGAGACCGAGAGCUCAGGUGCAGCAUCUUAUGCAGAUUGAUCUCAAAGGAUGGGGAGUGGGUUAUAUAUCAUCAUUUCAGCAACAUUGUCUGCUUCAGAUGUUAAAUUGCGUUGCUGGAUUGCGUGAAUACUUUUCUCAAACUGAUAACAGGACUGCUGCACCAAGAAUUCCUGUUAUGGUUAAUAUGACAUCAGUUUCCAAUUCUUUGAAGAGGAGUCACAAACUCAACUCAUCUUCUGCUCUUCGUAGUCCUUCUCUAGAUCAAAUACAAGCUGAAAAUAAGAAUGGUGCAUUGAUGGACGAAUACUCUGAUGAAGAUGAAGAUCAAGUCGUCGAUCAAGAAACAUCCAGCAUUGAAAUCGAAGACAAGAGAACUGCUGAUGAAGAAGAACCUCAAGACCAAAUCGAUUUGUCCAACUUCUCGGGCAACCUUCGGCGUGACAACCACGAAAAGGCUCGUGAUUGCUGGACAUUAUCUGAUGGAAACAACUUCAGAGUUCGUAGCAAGCAAUUUUGCUAUGACAAAUCAAAGGUUCCUGCUGGUAAACAUCUCAUGGAACUUGUUGCUGUGGACUGGUUCAAAGAUUCAAAAAGAAUGGACCAUGUUGCCAGACGACGUGGGUGUGCAGCACAAGUUGCUUCAGAUAAAGGACUUUUCUCUAUUGUUUUUAAUCUGCAAGUGCCUGGAUCGACACACUACAGCAUGGUUUUCUAUUUUGUGACUAAGAAAUUAGUACCGGGAUCUCUCUUACAGCGGUUCGUUGAUGGGGAUGAUGAAUUUCGCAAUAGCAGACUGAAACUUAUUCCAUCAGUGCCCAAGGGAUCAUGGAUUGUUCGUCAGAGUGUUGGAAGCACCCCCUGUUUACUGGGAAAAGCUGUUGAUUGCAACUAUAUCCGUGGUCCCAAGUAUUUGGAAAUUGAUGUUGACAUUGGUUCUUCCACUGUGGCAAAUGGAGUCCUGGGGCUUGUAAUUGGUGUGAUUACAACUCUUGUUGUCGACAUGGCUUUCCUCGUACAGGCUAACACAACGGAUGAGUUACCCGAGCGACUUAUCGGUGCUGUUCGAGUUUCACAUAUAGAAUUGUCAUCAGCUAUUGUCCCAGUGCUCAAAUCGGAUACAACAUAG